UCCUCUUUCUCCACUACCAUCACCACCACUUCCUCGACCACCGUACUCGUCCAUGGUCUUACCGGUCUAGUCAUUGUCCGAUCCGAUAGUUCGUCUCUAGAGAGAGAGAGAGAGAGACAGAGAGAGAGAGGACAUCCAAACAUGCAAUCCCACCUGACCCGACGGGUCUUCCGGGCCAUUCUGAACAACGAACCGCUCUCCUCCUCGCGUUGUCACCAUCGGUUCCUGCAUUCAUCUCGUGGUGUGCGAUCCCGCAAGCCAAUUCUCUCCCCUUAUCAUAUCCAGCGGCGCGGGCUUUUCGCCUACGACGCGGCCCCGCCCGCAAGUUCUCAAUCUGCAGCUCUGCCGUCCGAAACCGGCUUGAGUCCCAUGAGGGAUUUGAUGAGAUCCCUGGCCGACAAAAGCAGAGGGCCUACCAACGCGACUCUCGCCCGUGCCUUCCAGGAUUUCUUCGUUGCGCGCGCAGAAGUUCCAGGGGUCUUUACGAGCUUCCACGCACAGUUACUCAUCACAACUUGGAAAUACCUACGAGCUCACGAGGAUGAACUGGUAGCUGAGGAGUGGCAACGGGUUUUCUCCACGGAGAACCUCGAGAACGUCCUCUACGUCUUGUCGGAAGCUAAAUGCUUGCCGGAAUCGCACGAAACCCUGCGGAAGGUGGCCCGUUUGGCAUAUCUGGAACUGUGCAGUGACCAUGGAUUCGGGCGGAAUCGCAUCAGCCGGCCCGCACUCAUUGCAUAUAUCCAUAUUCAGGCAAUGAAUGGCAACCCGGAGGAAGCACGGCACGUUGUGGAGAAUUUCUGGAAUAAGCUGGAGAAGACCAGUCCUUCCCCUUGGCUGACAGUCAUGAGAGGAUUUGCCAUCAACGACGAUAGAUAUCAAAUUGAACGCACUGUGGAAUUGCUCCACGAAUAUGGCAUCAAAUUCGAUCAAAACGCCCAUGAAGAACUUAUCACCCUUCUCAUUGGACAGGGCCUUUUAGUGGCCGUGAAGACGCUCUACGAGUGCCCCUUGCCUGGUGGGCAACAGCCCUCCAUCGCAACGAAGGAAGCUGUCGUCAAAUACGCGAUUCUGAAGGCUGAGAUUGCGUGGGCAGAACCCAUCGUGGAAUCGCUCUCGAAAUUCCCAAUUAUGGAGACCAUGAGGAUCAUGCUCCUCUGGGAAGCUGUCCAUAAGAAGAGUGCCGCUGCUAUUCUGGAGAAGGCUCAAGCAUUGGUGUCCGAGGACCCAGCCGCAAGAGAUUCACUAAAUAUGUCUUGCGUGAACAGUCUUGUUGAGUACGCAAAUUCCAUCAAGAAUCUCGAUCUGGCCAUUGAAUUUGCUGCACUGGCCCCCCAGUGGGGUCUCCGCCCGAAUGUGCAGACACAGCUACUGCUGUUAGAGUCCUAUAUCAUGGCGGGUGAUGUCAAUAAAGCAUUGACCUCCAUGGAAGCCGUGCAGGACCCCGAGAAGAUGGUGCUCCAAAACAUGCCGUUGAUGAACAAGCUAAUAACAAUGCUCUGUCUGUCGAGCCAGGAAAAUAAUGUGCUGGAAAAAAUUUCCUCUUUCCUGGACCCCUUGUUCGAAAACAAUGUGCGGUUGGAAGCCGAUACUUUGGCAGCGUUGACGCACGCGCUGCUAUACCGUCAUGACUUGGAGGGCGUUUCGGAGCUACUUCGUCCUCGCCUAGGCUCCUAUGACUCGCACGAGAGGACGAAAAUCCGCAAUGCUCUAAUCGAUUUCAUCGCUGAUCAGAGUCAAGAGAAUGGAGAGGCCUGGGCGGCGUAUGAACUGCUCCAACUCGCCUUUCCUGAAACCGGGGUAGCGAAGCGGACCGAGAUCAUGUCGUCGUUUUUCAAGCGGAACCGAAGCGAUCAGGCCUUUUUGGUCUUCGGGAACAUGCGGCAGGCCGAGGAUUUCGCGCGACGGCCGAAACCUGACACCUAUGUCCGGUGUUUCCAGGGCUUCGCCCGAACCCAGGACGGGAAGAACGUGGACCUAGUCCACAACAUGCUCAAACUCGAUGUUCAAAUCGAUCUCAAUACGCGCUUACUGAAUUCCCUCAUGCUGGCAUACGCAGCCUGCGAUCUGCCGGAGAAGGCGAUGGAGAUCUUCCGCGAAAUCCUCCAAACGAGCGAAGGGCCGUCGCAAAAGACUCUUACUAUUUUCUUCAAAGCCUGCGAGAAACACCACAACGGCGUUGAAGAAGCGGUGAAAAUGUUCAACAAGAUCAAGCUACUCGAGAUCACCAUUGAUCGACAGAUGUACAUGGCAUAUGUCGAGGCCCUGGCCGCACAGUGCGAAUUCAGCCUCGCCACCGAGGCUUUGGACGAGAUGCAUAGUCAAAUCGGCUACCAGCCGACUCGCAACUCGUACGUCACUCGUUCUCCACCCCCUUCCUUCUCUCUUGAACAUAGCUAACCGGAUUAAUUAGCAUCGGAUUGCUCUACAAUGCCAUGCCCUACCCAUACUGGAAGAAUGAAGUCCAGAAAUGGGCUAUGCUGAAGUACCCCGAGCUGUGGGCGCAGUUGAAGGAGGUCGAAUGCUCGGAACACGAAGAGGGUCCGAAGUUUCAUAUCAAGCCCAACGAAGUUCACCUCUAAGUCGGGGUGGUACGGGUUAUCUCGUGGGGCGACCUCCGUGUAUAUAUCAGUGACUUUAUGUACAAAAGUAUAGGGCAGGGGGAAGGCCGUGUCUGAUUAUCCAGCGUGCUCUAUCUAUAUCUACGCUCUCCGAUAACCAUGUGGUGGUUAUUACGUGCAACGGAUUCGUCUAUGCUGGAACUCCGAGUCUGUUCGUGUCCACCGGCUGGAGACUCCUAGAGAAAGAAUGUGAUCCUGUAAAUAUAUUCCGAGUACGCUAUGCAACUC